GCGUCAUUAGUCAUCUGACCGGAAGAGACUUCGUGUAUUUUAGCCGUGAUUUCCUUGUUUAUGUAUGCAUGCGAUGGUUAUAUUUUUAUGAAUUUACGUCCUUGACAACAACUGCAUAAUUCAGCUUAUAAACGCUGUGCAGUCGUUUUAGUUCAUAGUCUUUUUAUGGCGGCAAUCAACGAAAGUUCCCUACGGAAAAUGCUGUCGAAGGUUUAUAAAUACAGGGAUCUGACCGCACGCGACAUAACAACCGUCGCGUCUCACUAUAAAGAUCUUAAACCUGUGAUGGACAACUACGUGUUCAAUGAUGGCUCCACCAAAGAGCUGUUGAGUCUCACAGGAACAGUGCCAGUAAGCUUCAGAGGAAAUGUCUACAACAUUCCCAUCUGCCUGUGGCUUCUGGACACGUAUCCCUACAACCCUCCCAUCUGUUUUGUCAAACCCACAAGUGCCAUGAUGAUAAAAACAGGGAAACAUGUCGAUGCCAAUGGAAAGAUUUACCUCCCAUACCUGCAUGAGUGGAAACCUCUCCAGUCUGAUUUGUUAGGACUGAUCCAGGUGAUGAUUGUGGUGUUUGGAGAGGAACCACCAGUUUUCUCACGGCCCACCACUCAGGCAUCUUACCCAGCAUUCCCAGCAGCAGGCCCACCUAAUUCUUCUUACAUGCCAAACACACCAGGAUUGCCUUAUGGUCAAGGUCACUCUUCCAAUCCAGGUGGAUUUCAGGGCUACCCUUAUUCUGCAGUAGUCCAAGGAUACCCCACUACCUCAGGCUCCUCUCCCUACACCCCAGUGUCUUCUAUCACUACAGUGGGACCCACCCGUGAUGGUACCAUCGGGGAGGACACAAUCCGUGCGUCUUUGGUGUCUGCAGUCAGUGACAAGCUACGCCGGCGGAUGAAAGAAGAGAUGGAUCGAGCACAGGCGGAGCUGGACGCUCUGAAGAGGACAGAGGAGGACCUAAAGAGAGGCCACCAGAAGCUGGAGGAGAUGGUGAACAGACUAGACCUGGAGAUGGCUGACGUGGACAAAAACAUUGAUCUCCUUAAGCAGAGAGAUGAGGAGCUGACUGUUGCUCUGGAAAAAAUGGAGAAGCAGUCUGAGAACAAUGACAUUGAUGAUGUGAUUGUGCCCACUGCUCCCCUUUAUAAGCAGAUUCUGAACCUCUACGCUGAAGAAAACGCCAUCGAAGACACGAUCUUCUACUUGGGUGAAGCGUUACGCAAAGAUGUCAUUGACUUGGAUGUCUUUCUUAAGCAUGUGCGCCUUCUCUCCAGAAAACAGUUCCAGUUGAGAGCCCUGAUGCAGAAGGCCCGGAAAAUAGCAGGCCUCAGUGACCUGUACUGACCUGCCCAAAUAAAUCAUUCCCCCUCUCAGUUAUUACACAAUGCACUCUAUGGCAAGCACCCUACCUUUUAUCCAAAAACAGGAGGUUUGGGACCCUCCUUUCCUCAAAUCACAGUCUUUCUAAGUACAGAAAGAUGUGAAAGGUGACUAAUACACCCAGGGCCAAAAUACUCAAGUAUACAUUCAUAUCAUCAUUAUUACAGAUAACAAGUGCAUUGAAUGUCUUUAUAAUAAAAAAAUGAAGUGACCUUUGAGGUUCUUACCUUUGCAGAAAGGAAACGAUAAAAGGAAAUCAAGCAUUUGCAACAGAUUUUUCCUCAGCUAUGGAGUUUAGCAUAGACUUAUAAAAAGAGCAACUGUUGCACUUUAUGUAACUUGUGCCUCAUAUUCUUUUAAAGUGUCUUUUCAGAUAUAGAGUAAAGGGAAAUAUUUGAGUAUUGCUUUCAAUAUGCUCAACCUAAAUGUCUUAUUUUUAGAUUGUUUAAUCUCCAAAUAUGUGCAUGUACUGAAUAAUUAUCUCAAAAUCAGCAAGUUUGUAAAUCAGUUUUCUUAACAUCUCAGAAUAUAAUUGGAUCAUUAUGAAUGCUUCCUCAUUAUCACUGUCCACUACAUAACACACUUUUGAAAUCCUGCUUGUGAUUUAUUCAUGUGUUGUCAGUUAUAACAUUCUUAUUUACAGUUGUUAUGCAGUCAGUUUACAAGAAUGUGCUCGGUAUUAAUGCAGAUUUAAUGACAAAAAUAUGCUGAAAUUUUGAUAUUGAACUUGUAUAUCUAUUUGAGAUGUGAUGCAUCAUGGAUGAAGCUUACAAUCAAGGGAAAUGUGGAAUAACACACUGAUUGUGCAGUAUACUUAAAAAAAAAAAAAAAAAA